CAGCCUGCAGGCUUCAGGAAGGGGCAUGAGCAUGGAGCGGCUUUGGGGUCUACUCCAGAGAGCGCAAGAGCUGUCCCCACGAACCUCUCAGACCAUCUACAAGCGUGUUGAAGGUACCCAGCAGGGGCGCCUGGAGGAAGAAGAAGAAGACAGGGAGGAGGGGUCCGAGCAUCCAACGCACUUUCGCCCCAUGGAGCUGAGGGGCCCCGAGCCCCUAGGCUCUAGACCAAGGCGGCAAAACCUCGGACUCUGGGCAGCGGCAGGACGAAGGGCCAUCCCCUACCUGGUCCUGACAGCCCUGCUGAUCUUCACUGGGGCCUUCCUUCUGGGCUACGUGGCCUUCCGAGGGUCCUGCCAGGCAUGCGGGGAUGCCGUGUUGGUGGUCAACGAUGAUGUCAACUAUGAGCCAGGCCCUGACUCCCACCAGGGCCCAUUGUAUUGGCGUGACCUCCAGGCCAUGUUCCUGCGGUUCCUGGGGGAGGGGCACCUGGAGGACACCAUCAGGCAAAUCAGCUCUCGGGAACGAGCGGCCGGCUCGGCCGGAAUGACCGCCCUGGCUCAGGACAUUCGCGCCGAGCUCUCCCGACAGAAGCUGGACCACGUGUGGACUGACACACACUACGUGGGGUUGCAGUUUCCCCACCCGAAUCACCCCAACACCCUACACUGGGUCGAUGAGUCCGGGAGUGCCGGGGAGCAGCUGCCGCUGGAGGACCCGGACGUCUACUGUCCCUACAGCGCCACGGGCAACGUCACGGGAGAGCUGGUGUACGCCCACUACGGGCGGCCGGAGGACCUGCAGGACCUGCGGGCCCGGGGCGUGGAGCCGGCGGGGCGCCUUCUGCUGGUGCGCGUUGGGAUGAUCAGCUUUGCCCAGAAGGUGGCCAGUGCCCAGGACUUUGGGGCCCGAGGAGUGCUCAUAUACCCCGACCCAGCAGACCUCUCCCCGGACACACACAAGCUAGGCCUGUCCAGCCACCGGGCUGUGUAUGGACAUGUGCACAUGGGAACUGGGGACCCCUACACGCCUGGCUUCCCCUCCUUCAAUCAAACCCAGUUUCCUCCAGUCCAGUCCUCUGGCCUCCCCAGAAUCCCAGCCCAGCCCAUCAGUGCAGACAUUGCCUCCCGCUUGCUGAGGAAGCUUGAAGGUCCUGUGGCCCCCCAGGAAUGGCAGGGACACCUCCCAGAGUCCCCUUAUCACCUGGGCCCCGGGCCGGGCUUGCACCUAAAUAUCAACAACCGCAGGGCCGCCACCCCUAUCAGCAACAUCUUUGGCUGCAUUGAGGGCCGCUCCGAGCCAGAUCACUAUGUUGUCAUUGGGGCCCAGAGGGAUGCAUGGGGCCCAGGAGCAGCCAAGUCUGCCGUGGGGACUGCCAUACUGCUGGAGCUGGUGCGGACCAUUUCCUCCAUGGUGAGCAAUGGCUUCCGGCCCCGAAGAAGUCUUCUCUUCAUUAGCUGGGAUGGAGGCGACUUUGGGAGUGUGGGCUCCAUGGAAUGGCUGGAGGGCUACCUCAGUGUGCUGCACCUCAAAGCUGUCGUCUACGUGAGUCUGGACAACGCAGUGCUGGGGGAUGAUAGGUUCCACGCCAAGACCAGCCCUCUUCUGAUCACCCUCAUCGAGAAUAUCCUGAAGCAGGUGGACUCUCCUAACCAAAGCGGGCAGACCCUCUAUGAGCAGGUGGUGUUCACCAACCCCAGCUGGGAUGCUGAGGUGAUCCGGCCCCUGCCCAUGGACAGCAGUGCCUAUUCCUUCACCGCCUUUGCGGGGGUUCCUGCGGUUGAGUUUUCCUUCAUGGAGGAUGACCAGACAUAUCCGUUCCUGCACACAAAAGAGGACACAUAUGAGAACCUGCACGCGGCGCUUCGAGGCCGCCUGCCCGCCGUGGCCCGGACUGUGGCCCUACUCGCUGGGCAACUCCUCAUCCGGCUCAGCCAUGAUCACCUGCUGCCCCUCGACUUUGGCUGCUACGGGGACGUCGUCCUCAGGCACAUCGGCAGGCUCAACGAGUUCUCUGGGGACCUCAAGGCUCGUGGGCUGACUCUCCAGUGGGUGUACUCGGCGCGGGGAGACUACAUCCGGGCGGCCGAGAAGCUGCGGAAGGAGAUCUACAGCUCGGAGGAGAGCGACGAAAGGCUGACGCGCAUGUACAACGUGCGCAUCAUGCGGGUGGAGUUCUACUUCCUGUCCCAGUACGUGUCACCAGCUGACUCCCCAUUCCGCCACAUCUUCCUGGGCCGUGGAGACCACACACUUAGCGCCCUGUUGGACCACCUACGGCUGCUUCGAAAGGGUGACUCUGGGGCCCCAGGGGUCUCUUCCCCUGGGGUAGAACCCAGCCUAGGCUUCCAGGAGAGCCGUUUCCGUCGACAGCUGGCCCUGCUCACCUGGACAUUGCAGGGGGCAGCCAAUGCACUUGGCGGGGAUCUCUGGAACAUCGACAACAACUUCUGAGGCCCACUAGGUGACCCACAUACCCUUGCCACCAUCCAAGAGCACCUCUUCUCCCCACUUGAGUGAUUUCAGGGUGGCGGUGAUGCCCACGCACCACCUCUCAUUGCUGACCGAGAUUCUCACUAGCACUUCCCUCUCCCUCCACAGCCCAGAUCCUAGCACACAGACAUGCACACACCCUUAGUUCUGCCAGUGUAGGAGUAGGUGAGCAGUGCCUUCCAUAAUGUGAUGGUCAUACUGUCAACUAAUCAAAGAACAGCAUCUGCUCAAUCACAGACCCUUGCCCACGCCUCGAGACUGAUCUUGAAGGUUUCCUAGGUCCUAGGGCCUGGC